CUAAGCUCAUCUCAUGGAAGUUUACCUUGGAGAAUGGCUCACUCGAGCUUGAGAUAUCGGUCCGCCCCUAUCCAGAGACACCAUUUGCCAGAACCCAACAAUCAACCUUUCCGCCACUUUCCUGAUCGAUCAGUUGCUAGUCCUUUUCCCAUUCACAAUCACUAUGAUCCACCCAAGGGUUUUCGAUCUCCGAUGGCGAUUCCGGACUCUCUCAAUGUUGGGACCUCCCAAUCGGUUGGACUUGCAUCCCACAAACCCUCAGCAUCGUCCUCAGCACCCUACACAUCACAGGUCCAGUCAGUCGAACGUCCAAGCACAACACAGACAUCAUCAUGCCCAGUACAUUGGUCACCAUCCGUACAAUCAAUCAGCCUUGCGUCCACUCAAUCGUACUCAUCAUUAUCAGGCAACCAUGCAGGUACCUUCGGAUCCAUCGUUCUUGAAACACCUUUGUUGUUAUCCUGAGGACCAUCGAUUCGUCUCGCACGACCAAAAUCUCUGUGCUCGCAAUCAGGACAAUCAUCAUUCUCUUUUCAAUCGAUCGACCUUGCGCUCAUGUCGACUUGAUCGUUAUAAUGAGGAUAUGUCAGCUCCAACCCUCCAUCCUUCAGCUUCACAUGCUCCUAGCCGUUAUAGCCCGUAUGCUACUCCUCAUCAACAUGAUCAUAUGAAUCCUAGCAAUCAACCUGCUUCAUCCUUGAACGCAAAGAAGCUUUCAAAGCAAGUCCAAACUGAUCAAUCCUUCUGUCGUGCCCAACCCGAUUACUACAGACCAGUGUACUCCGACGAUGUGCAGCCAAGGGGUCAAUGGGGUCCCUUGCGUGUCACUUCUCGUCAAAUUUCAAGCGGUCAAUGGGGUCCCUUGGCAUCAGUAGCAAUGAUUUCCACCAAACGAGACAAUCCGCUUACCGAACGCCAGAAACGCAAUGUGAAGAUUUUCCCUCGAAUACACAACCCUUACUUUACUGAAGAGACCAACCAGAAUGUUAAACCAUUCGUCAUCCAGCUCAACCUUAAUCCUGAAAAACCAUUCAUCAUCCAGCCAGCCAACUAUUCUUCCCAUCGUGUGGUUGCCACCAAUAAUACUGGCUCACAAACCCUUUUUUUUUUUUUCUUGAGUUCCAUCCUCUUAAUCCAACCGAUCCAUCUAAGCAAGCAAUUGUCAAAAAGCUCGGCGAAAUAAUAUCAAAUCUGUACUUCAUGGGUAACAAUCGACAGGAUAUUCAUCCCCGCACCAUGGAAACUGGUAUUAUGAAAGGGGUUGGCUUUCGCCCUGGUUCUGACCGGGGUUCCACUGCAGGUACAUAUGCACGUCGACCAAAUCUUUCUCAACAAAUUUUGGAGCAGGACAACUAUUGUUGGGAUCAGUUAGGUGAUCAUAAUCAAUUCUUAUGCAACCGAGUACCGCAUUUUUCCAAACAAUCAUUCAAGGACAAUGCCGAAAUAAUCCAGUCCUUUGGGAUCCCCAGCUGGUCCAACAGUGAAUGGAAUGACUUCGAACAGGAAACUAAUGGGAUUUUCUCAAGUGCAAACACGACUCAUUCCGAUUUUCCAAACGAACCCCACAUGGAUGAAGACUCGAAUCCAUGGACUUACGGCUUGUUCAGCUACAUCAACCGAUCAACUGGCAAACCUGUC